GGGUUCCCGUCGGAAGACAAAAGGUGUCGGACCAACACGCUAAAUGGAAAUGGUCGAUAUGUAUUACCUUUAUUUUGUUAGGUAAAGGGACAUUUUUUGGUACACAGUAAGUUGAUUUUGUUACGUACAUACUAUGAAGAAUUUGCCCCUUCAAUCAUGUUUGCCAGACCGUUCAGAGUGAAAUCCAACACUGUAAUCAAAGGAUCUGACAGGAGAAAGCUCAAAGUUGACUUAGCAACGGCCUUUCCUGUUUUAACUGCAGAUGAGUUGUCAGAACUGGUUCCCAACAAAGAAGAGUUAAAUGUAGUUAAAAUUUAUGCUCACAAAGGAGAUGCAGUGACACUUUACGUUCUUAACAAAAAUCCAUUAUUUUUUGAGUUGGGGAAAUGCAUUUAUCCCACAGUUUAUGUGCUUUGGCGAUUUCCGGCUUUGUUACCAGCAUUUACAACAUGGCCUCCUGUUCUUGACAAGUUAAUUGGAGGAGCAGACCUUAUGCUUCCGGGUGUUGUUGUGACUCAAAGUGGUCUCCCCCAUGUGAAGCAAGGGGACUGUUGUGCUGUGAAAGUGGUUAAUAAUGGGGCUCCUAUUGCUGUUGGGACUGCAGCAGUGUCCUCUACAGAGAUGCAGAGUGCAGGCAUGAAAGGGAGAGGUGUUUGCAUCCUUCACACAUACAUGGAUACCCUGUGGGCUUUUGGUGAUAAGUCAGGUCCACCCUCAUUACCAGACAGUACAGAAACUGAAGAGCAAGUGAAUGGAGAGGAGUGUUAUCCAGAGGAUGAAGUGGGGAAGGAGGAAGAGGUGGCUACAUGUGGCGAUGAGGCAAAUGGACAAGAGGUUACAGAUCAGGCCUGCACUGGAGUCGGGCAGCUGAGUUUGUCUGAGCAAAUCCACGAAGAACUGGACAUGGAAAAGCAAAUGGAGGAUGAGCGGAGAAGCCCACAAGAGUUGAUGGAUGCCCUGCUGUUUCAAUGCUUCCUUCAUGCACUCAAGAUCAAAGUGAAAAAGUCAGAGCUACCUCUGUUGACCAGCACAUUUCUUCGCAAUCACAUGUUUGCGUGCUGUCCAAGUGGGAAGCAACUGGACAUAAAAAAAUCAAGUUAUAAGAAGCUUUCCAAGUUUCUACAAACAAUGCAGCAACAGCACAGCCUGAUACAGGUGAAAGAACUGACAAAGGGAGUGGAAAGCAUUGUGGAGGUGGACUGGAAAAAUCCAGAACUACGUUCCUUCAGCAUCUCUGAGGAGGCUGCCUGUGAGGUUGAACCAGUGCCAGAAGGACGGGAAGUGGACAUUCCCUACCACCCCCCAGAGAUCAUUACUGUGUACUCAGUGUCGGCACGGGUGGAACCUCUCUUCCUGGAUGCACAGAAGAGAAAAGGAACUAUACUCCAGCCUGCAGAAGUGAGAAGUAUUAUUACUGAUUAUGUGAAGAAGAAUGAACUAGUUGCUGAAAACAAUAAAAAUUAUGUUAUGAUAAACCCUACCUUGUGUGACUGUCUUCUGGAGAAAUCGGAAUACCAAGACGUGGAGUCAAUAAAGUGGGAUGAUCUUUUUAGCAGGACACUCUGUAAGAUGCAAGAAUGCUAUCAGAUUGUGUUCCCAGGACAGGAGCCUAUAACAAAGAAGGGCCAUCUUGAUCCCAUAGACAUCUCUGUUGCCUCUAGAGGAUCUAAUAAAAAGGUGACACUAAUUAAAAACCUGGAGUUAUAUGGUCUUGAUCCUGCCAUAGUAUCCACAGCUCUGCAGCAUAGAGUGCAGGCUAGCUCUGUGUUACAGCCUCUACCUGGGGCCAAGGACCGAGUGCUUGUUCAAAUCCAGGGCAACCAGAUCCAUCAAGUUGGAAAUCUUCUCCUAGAUCAUUAUAAAGUGCCACGCAAGUUUAUCCAAGGCUUAGACAAAGCUUCAAAAGGAGGGAAGAAGAAAUAGGACCCUAACAUCAAUAUGUGGUAAAUGAUUGUAAACCAUUGUGAUAAUAAAUCUCACUGGUUCC